AUGGCGGCGAACGCUCCGAUCGCCAUGAAGGAAGUCCUAACCUUGCCGAGUGUUGGCAUCAAUGCGCAACACAUCACUUUCACGCAUGUGACUAUGGAAUCGGACAAGUAUAUAUGUGUUCGAGAAACUACUCCACAGAAUAGCGUUGUUAUCGUGGAUAUGAGCAUGCCGAAUCAACCUUUGAGGAGGCCGAUUACUGCUGAUUCCGCCCUUAUGAAUCCGAAUUCUAGAAUCCUUGCUUUGAAAGCCCUACUCCAAGGGACUACACAGGAUCACCUACAAAUAUUUAAUAUUGAAUUGAAAACGAAGAUGAAAUCACAUCAGAUGCCCGAGCAGGUAGUCUUCUGGAAGUGGAUUAGCUCCAAAAUGUUGGGCCUCGUGACACAAACCUCUGUAUACCACUGGUCAGUUGAAGGUGAUUCUGAACCUGUUAAGAUAUUUGAGAGAACAGCGAAUUUGGCAAACAAUCAGAUAAUCAAUUAUCGAUGUGACCCAACAGAAAAAUGGCUGGUCUUGAUUGGUAUUGCUCCUGGUUCCCCCGAGAGGCCCCAAUUGGUUAAAGGGAACAUGCAGCUUUUCUCUGUGGAUCAGCAGCGCAGUCAGGCUCUUGAAGCUCAUGCUGCAUCAUUUGCCCAAUUCAAAGUUCCUGGGAAUGAAAAUCCUUCUGUUUUGAUUUCUUUUGCCUCAAAGACACUUAAUGCUGGUCAAGUUAUAUCCAAGUUACAUGUCAUUGAACUGGGCGCACAGCCAGGGAAGCCAUCAUUUACAAAGAAACAAGCAGAUCUUUUCUUCCCCCCAGAUUUUGCUGAUGAUUUUCCAGUUUCAAUGCAGAUAUCCCACAAAUAUAGUUUGAUUUAUGUGAUUACCAAACUUGGCCUACUUUUUGUAUACGACUUGGAGACAGCUACUGCUGUAUAUAGGAACAGAAUUAGUCCAGACCCUAUAUUUUUGACUUCAGAAGCCACAUCAGCAGGUGGAUUUUAUGCCAUUAAUAGGAGAGGCCAAGUUUUGUUGGCCACUGUUAAUGAACAAACAAUUGUGAAUUUCGUCAGCGGUCAAUUAAACAAUUUAGAGCUAGCUGUUAGUCUUGCCAAAAGAGGAAAUCUUCCUGGUGCUGAAAAGCUGGUGGUGGAGCGUUUUCAUGAAUUAUUUUCCCAAACAAAGUAUAAAGAAGCAGCAGAGCUUGCCGCUGAAUCUCCACAAGGAAUCCUUCGAACUCCUGACACAGUUGCCAAAUUUCAGAGUGUUCCCGUGCAAACUGGUCAAACUCCGCCCCUGCUGCAGUAUUUUGGAACACUUUUAACGAGGGGAAAGCUGAAUGCCUUUGAAUCAUUAGAAUUGUCUCGGUUGGUUGUGAACCAGAACAAGAAAAAUCUGUUGGAAAACUGGUUGGCAGAGGACAAGCUUGAAUGCAGCGAGGAGCUAGGAGAUCUUGUUAAGACUGUGGACAACGAUCUUGCUUUAAAAAUAUACAUCAAAGCUAGAGCUACUCCGAAAGUUGUCGCUGCUUUUGCUGAGAGGAGGGAGUUUGACAAGAUUCUGGUCUACUCUAAGCAGGUUGGGUACACACCUGACUACCUCUUCCUCUUGCAAACAAUUCUCCGAACUGAUCCUCAGGGUGCUGUUAAUUUUGCAUUAAUGAUGUCUCAAAUGGAGGGAGGUAGCCCAAUUGAUUACAACACCAUAACUGAUCUGUUUCUUCAGAGAAACCUGAUUCGUGAGGCAACAGCUUUUCUCCUGGAUGUUUUAAAACCUAAUUUACCAGAACAUGGAUUCCUUCAGACAAAGGUUUUGGAGAUAAAUCUGGUCACUUUCCCUAAUGUUGCUGAUGCUAUUUUGGCUAAUGGCAUGUUCAGCCAUUAUGACCGUCCUCGUAUUGCCCAGCUAUGUGAAAAAGCUGGCCUUUACGUGCGAGCUUUGCAACAUUACACAGAGUUACCAGAUAUAAAACGUGUGAUUGUUAAUACACAUGCAAUUGAGCCUCAGUCACUUGUAGAAUUUUUUGGUACUCUCUCACGGGAAUGGGCAUUAGAGUGCAUGAAAGACUUAUUACUAGCCAAUCUAAGGGGCAAUUUACAGAUUAUUGUGCAGGUUGCUAAAGAAUAUUCUGAACAAUUGGGCGUUGAUGGCUGCAUUAAGAUUUUUGAGCAGUUUAGGUCAUAUGAAGGGCUGUACUUUUUUCUUGGAUCCUAUUUGAGCUCCAGUGAGGACCCCGACAUUCAUUUCAAGUAUAUUGAGGCAGCAGCAAAGACUGGUCAAAUCAAGGAGGUCGAGCGUGUGACAAGAGAAUCCAAUUUCUAUGAUGCUGAAAAAACAAAGAACUUCCUAAUGGAGGCUAAGCUUCCAGAUGCACGACCUUUAAUCAAUGUCUGUGAUCGAUUUGGGUUUGUUCCAGAUCUUACACACUACCUAUACACAAACAACAUGCUUCGCUACAUUGAGGGUUAUGUUCAGAAGGUGAACCCAGGGAAUGCUCCUUUAGUUGUUGGGCAGCUACUAGAUGAUGAGUGCCCAGAAGAUUUUAUCAAAGGUUUGAUUCUUUCUGUUCGUUCCUUGCUGCCAGUGGAGCCCCUUGUGGAGGAGUGUGAGAAGAGGAAUCGACUUCGUCUGCUCUCACAGUUUUUGGAACAUCUUGUGAGUGAGGGAAGCCAAGAUGUCCAUGUUCACAACGCACUGGGCAAAAUUAUCAUUGAUAGCAACAAUAAUCCAGAACAUUUUCUCACAACCAACCCUUACUAUGAUUCUCGAGUUGUGGGCAAAUAUUGUGAAAAACGUGACCCGACCUUGGCAGUUGUAGCUUACCGACGAGGACAAUGUGAUGAAGAACUUAUCAAUGUCACUAGUAAAAAUUCCCUGUUCAAACUGCAAGCAAGAUAUGUUGUUGAGAGAAUGGAUGGUGAUCUGUGGGCUCAAGUUCUUGAUCCUGAUAAUGAAUAUAGAAGGCAACUUAUUGAUCAGGUUGUAUCUACUGCUCUGCCCGAAAGCUCAAGCCCUGAACAGGUUUCUGCAGCUGUUAAGGCUUUUAUGACAGCUGAUCUGCCCCAUGAGUUGAUUGAACUUCUUGAGAAGAUUGUGCUUCAGAAUUCUGCAUUCAGUGGGAACUUCAAUUUACAGAAUCUUCUCAUUUUGACAGCGAUAAAAGCUGAUUCAUCCAGAGUUAUGGAUUAUAUCAAUAGACUGGAUAAUUUUGACGGGCCUGCAGUUGGAGAAAUGGCUGUAGAAGCACAGUUGUAUGAGGAAGCAUUUGCAAUUUUCAAGAAGUUCAACUUGAAUGUUCAAGCAGUCAAUGUGUUGCUUGAUAAUAUUCGUAGCGUUGAUAGAGCUGUUGAGUUUGCUUUCAGAGUUGAAGAAGAUGCUGUUUGGAGUCAGGUUGCGAAGGCUCAACUCAGGGAGGGGCUUGUAAGCGAUGCAAUUGAGUCAUUUAUACGAGCAGAUGAUACUACACAAUUUUUGGAUGUUAUCCGUGCUGCUGAAGAUGCCAAUGUUUACCAUGACUUGGUCAAAUACUUGUUAAUGGUAAGACAGAAGGCAAAAGAACCAAAGGUUGAUGGCGAGCUCAUUUAUGCAUAUGCAAAGAUUGAUAGGCUUAGUGACAUUGAAGAGUUCAUUCUGAUGCCAAAUGUUGCUAAUUUGCAAAGUGUUGGGGACCGGUUGUAUGAUGAAGCAUUAUAUGAGGCUGCAAAAAUCAUUUAUGCCUUUAUAUCUAACUGGGCCAAGUUGGCUGUUACACUGGUCAAGUUACAACAAUUCCAAGGUGCUGUUGACGCAGCAAGAAAAGCUAAUAGCUCAAAAACAUGGAAGGAAGUUUGUUUUGCUUGUGUUGAUGCAGAGGAGUUUCGCUUGGCCCAGAUAUGUGGACUCAACAUUAUUAUUCAGGUGGAUGACUUGGAAGAGGUCAGUGAAUAUUACCAAAAUAGAGGUUACUUCAAUGAGUUAAUAUCUCUGAUGGAGAGCGGUUUAGGGUUGGAACGAGCUCAUAUGGGCAUCUUCACCGAGUUGGGAGUUCUUUAUGCUAGAUACCGCCCUGAGAAGCUUAUGGAGCAUAUCAAACUAUUCUCAACCCGCCUCAAUAUCCCAAAACUCAUAAGAGCAUGUGAUGAACAACAACAUUGGAAAGAAUUGACCUUUUUGUAUAUCCAAUAUGAUGAGUUUGAUAAUGCCGCAACUACCAUCAUGAACCAUUCACCUGAAGCAUGGGAUCACAUGCAAUUCAAAGAUGUUGCUGUCAAAGUUGCUAAUGUUGAAUUGUAUUACAAGGCUGUUCACUUCUAUUUGGAAGAACAUCCAGACCUCCUCAAUGAUAUUCUGAAUGUCCUUGCACUUCGCGUGGACCACACACGUGUUGUUGACAUAAUGCGUAAGGCUGGUCACCUGCGUCUUGUGAAGCCAUACAUGGUUGCGGUUCAGAGCAACAAUGUGUCUGCUGUUAAUGAAGCCCUGAACGAGAUAUAUGUUGAAGAGGAAGAUUAUGAUAGAUUGCGUGAAUCAAUUGAUUUGCAUGAUAACUUUGAUCAAAUAGGUCUUGCACAAAAGAUUGAAAAGCAUGAGCUUGUUGAGAUGAGACGGGUUGCUGCUUAUAUUUACAAGAAGGCAGGAAGAUGGAAGCAGUCCAUUGCUUUGUCAAAGAAGGAUAACCUUUACAAAGAUGCCAUGGAGACAGCUUCCCAAUCUGGGGAGCGUGAACUGGCCGAGGAGUUGCUUGUUUAUUUCAUUGAUCAGGGAAAGAAGGAAUGCUUUGCCUCGUGUCUAUUUGUUUGCUAUGAUUUAAUACGGGCAGACAUUGUUCUUGAACUAGCAUGGAUGCACAAUAUGAUCGACUUUGCCUUCCCAUACCUCUUGCAGUUUAUCCGUGAGUACACCGGUAAAGUUGACGAACUAGUGAAAGAUAGAAUUGACGCACAAAAUGAAGUGAAAUCUAAAGAGAGAGAAGAAAAGGAUGUAGUUGCACAACAGAACAUGUAUGCUCAAUUGUUGCCUCUUGCUUUGCCUGCACCACCAGUGCCUGGAAUGGGAGGACCAGGUUUUGCAGGAAGCUAUGCGCCUCCCCCUCCAGUGGGUGGAAUGGGAAUGCCCCAAAUGCCUCCUUUUGGGAUGCCACCCAUGGGUUACUAA